GACGGAAUGGAAUUAAAAAAUGUUUGCUAAAUGAUGGAUUUCGGAAAAUAAUUACCAAAACAAUAUUUUCAUCCUGGAACAGCUGAGAUAUUUUAUAAUUAACUAUUUUUAUUUAUUUAUUUUUUUCAACCAGCCUACUUAUAAAUUAAAAGAAUGUUUAAAAACAAAACUGCCUGGUUUUCAAAAACCUGUUUGGUUGAUUCAGCAAGCAUCUGGGGUAAAACAAUAAAUAAAAUAAUAUUAAUAUUAAUUGUCAAUAAAUAUCAUUCAUUAUUAUAUUAUAAUUCAUGAUUCAUUCAAGUUUGAAAUUAAUGAGGUCCAAAUCAUUCCAAAUUCAAAUGGCAAUGGUCAUGGAAAAAAAAAAAUGGUUUAUUUUAUGAAAAAGUUUGUUCAUUUUAAAAUUUCAAAAAGAUUACUCACUCACCUGCACGUGUCACUGACAGUACUUAACUGUCUAAACUCUGAACUCUGAACUAAUUACUUAUAUUUAUAAUACUAAUAUUCAUUACUACUAUUAUUACACAACUUUUGAAAAGUUGAGGGCCCCUAGGCCUAUCCCUAAACUAAUUUACUAAUAAAAUCAUGCCCUAUCGUAGACUUAGAGUUAACUGUCUUUGACUUAAGUCUUUCUUCCUCUUUACUCUGUUUUUAUUAAAAUUAAGAGCCUAUCAAAUUCAAUGGCAAUCCGAUGCCUAGCACUCAGAAUCAGUGUGACUGAGGCUAUGCACUAUGAACUUUGUAAAACUGAUAUGCUACCCAUGAUAUAAGACCUUUAUACACCAUACAAACAAUAAAAACAAUAAAAAUGUAAAUAAAUUUAAACACUUAGCUGCAAUGUAGUAUCCAAGAGAUAAACUAGAGAAAUGCGAUAGAACAUAAGUAGGUAAGAGAGUUAACACAGUACACAGGCAAAUGGAAAGAAAGAAAAAUAAGUCCAUUGUAAUUGGUUGUAGCGAAAAAAAGAAGUGGGAGGAGGGAAAUGGUUUUACAAGUGAAGGAGAACACGACAUUCAAGUCAUGUGUUGUCAAAGACCCAUAAGUCUGAAUCAUUUUGCUCUCCAAGUUCACUCUGUUUGGUGUGUUGGUACAAAACACAAAGGUGGUUAUAGAAAAAUCCCUUUAGCCCUUGUUGUGGCUUCUGUUGAAGUGUUUUGAGAUGGGACAAUGCUUAUUUUGUGCAAUAUUAUAAAGGUGUACAGGACAUCUGUUCAAGAGGCACCGCCCAGUCUCACAUAGGUAUAUAUAGUUUGUCCUUCACAUGCCAAGAUGACCAAGGCUUCAACUUGAGUAGCAGCCUUGACUUGAGCUGUAUAAAGUGAGAGAGAGAGUUGUUCAGUUCCCUGCCUAUUUGUUCCUAUGGCAAGACUAGUCACAACAACUGGAAGUAGACCAGUGUGCAGUAGAUUCUCUAGAUUUCCAUCUGGCAGAGGGUACAAACAGUGGCUUUGACAACAUUGCGGCUAUUACAAAGGACACCAUCCCUUAUCUCAAAACUAAUUUGUUGAGUCUGGAUGAAAAAAAGGCAAGUGUUGCAAUGGCUUCGCCCACAUUGCUUGGUCCCAUAGUGUGAAGGGGCAGCGCAGAUACGACUAUGUACAAGGAGAUCUUGCAGCUUUGAUCUUUUCUGAAAACAACAAGAGGUGGGGCUAAGAAAAUGUUGUUCGGGAUUGGCGAGGAGAGUAGCAGUUUAUAGGAAAACAUGUUUGGCAUCAGCACUAAUAAUAUUUUUAAUGCAUUUAAGCGCUGAUAAUAGUACUGUCUCCAGGUAUGACCUACACCAGAAAUAUUCAAUGAUCUCAAGUGCCUUGUCCCAAAAGUCAUUGUGACUGGCAAUGUGAAAAAAAAAAAAACUAGUUGAGAACAGGGAAUAGAGUCCUUCCAGGAUUUAGAUUUGGAAAAAGAGUAGAUUAAAUAGCUUUGGUUGUCAGUAGGUCUAAAUUAGGGUGAUUGGUAUACAUACUAGUUUUAGUAGUUAGUAUGAUUCAUUAUCAAUUAAUCAUCAAUCAGUAUAAAAACUAUAAAAUAUAAAUAAGCAUUUUUUUUCUUAUCCAUGAUGACCAGUAACCAGAUAAACCAUUUCUUUAAAAAAUCUCAGUUCCUAUUAAUAAGCCUUACUAGCCAUAAACAUAUAUCAUAUCAUAUAUAUAUAUAUAUACAUAUAUAUAUAUAAAAGUGAAAGUUUGUUUGUGGCGGGAUUUGUUUGUUCCACUAAGGGUUUUACAAGGAUUGGUGGAUCUUGACCAAACUUGGCACAUAUAUCCAUCAUUAUCCAAAAGGAAAUCUUAAGGGGUUAUGAACUUUUUAUAACAUUCCGUUUGGGGCCGGGGGCCUCAAAUUGUUUUUUUCCUUAUAUGAGCUUUUUAAAAAUAAUUAGAAUACUCCUACAUGAGUAGAUGGAUCUUGACCAAAAUCAGUACACAUAUACUUUAUUAUCCACAUUGAAAUACCGAAGGGUACUGAACUCAUAAUAUCGAUUUCUCUGUGGCCGGGAACCCCAGUUAAUUUUUCCUUAUAUAAGCUAUAUCAUAUCAAUAGGCUUAGACAACACUAUAGGUUAUAUGUUAAUUGAUGGAUAUAGGCCUAGCUUUGUAGCAAUACCCUCCAUUGUCCGUUUUGAAAUAUCGGAUUUAAAAAUAAUAAUAACCAUUCUAGAAUUUCCCAGAAAGUUCGAUAAUUUUAAAAAGCUAAAUCUAUGGCAUUUUAAAGUAGAUUUUAAUGGGACAAAUUUUAAAUUUUAACUUUAUUAUUUAUUGGAAUGAUUUUUAUAGGGCCCUUUAUCUGAGGCAUAACUAAAUUGAUACAGUUAUGAAAUGGGUCCCGGGGCCCCUCAGUAAACUUAAAAGAAAAAGGGCUAUAAUUAUGGAAUUUGUUGAAGAUUUUUAUCGUAUUUGAAAAAUAAUUAGAUAAGUUGUUUUUAAUCAUGUUUUGAGCAGGCUAUUAAAUUUAAUCUAGAAUGUUCCAGAAAGUUCUAAAUUGUUCCAAGGGGAUAUAUAGUCGGAUCGAAAGGAUAAUGAAAUUUUAGUUAGUUCAAUUCAUUUCUAUACUGCCCUGGAGUUUACUGUUCUCUCAGUACCACUGAAGAAUUUUUUGAUACGGGAUCUCAAAUGGGUCGGGAUCACAUCAUAAUCUUUAUCCCAACGAGAUCAGGAUCCCAUCAGAAAACGGGAUCCCAUCAGGAUCCUUACCUUAAAUGGAUCUACCGGGAUCAGGAUCACACCGGGAAACGGGACUGCGCCAAGAUCAGUAUCAGACUGGGAUUGGGGUCCCAAUUGAAUUGGGGGUCACACCAGGAUGGGGUCCUAAUGCAAUCCCGAGCCGCGCCGGGUAUAUAGGCUAGUCUAUUAUAUAGCUGGUAAACUGCACCCUGCAGUUAUAUAAAUAGAUACAUUUGGGAAGUAAGUCAACCACUUGUGAUUUUUUUUUUUUACUCAUUCCUUUUUUUUUUGUCUUUUUUUUUGUUGUUAUAGCUCAAAAUGGGGGUACAAUUGUCAAUAUGGAUUUAGCUCAGUUCAUUUUCAGUGAUGAUUGGACUCAUGAAGAUACCAAGGAGUAAGUCUAAAUGUAAAUGUUUGGAUUAAACUUUAAAAUAAUAACAGCAUAUAUAGAAAUCCAGGGCUAUUUAAAAACUUGUUAUAAUAAGCCUAUUAGUCAUUAAUUUAAUCAAAUAAUGGAAUAUUGUACUGUAAAAUUGGAAUGCCUGCAUUAUUUCAUUGCCUGCAUGUUAAUAUAUACAAACAUUUUCCUCCAUUCAGUAUUUCUAACAGUGAAGCAUACUUAAAAGAGCACUUAGCUGUAUUUCGCUCACAAUAUGUUUUGGAUGCAGUAAAUAACGGAAGUGAAAAAUGCACUCUUGGAACAUAUUUCCUUUAUCCACCAGAUAUCCUUGAAAGUGAGAAUUUUUAAAUUAUUAUAUAUAUAAACCAAAAUCAUAUCCUUUAACACUUAGUGAAUUUUUUAAUGAAUUUUUGUUGUACUUUUUAAAUACAGAUGAAUGUUGAUAUUAAUAUGUACAAUUUUAAAUUUGGUAUUUAUAUUAAGUUAAUAAAUAUCUGACAACAGACAUUCACCAUUUCAUUAUUCACAGCACUCCAGAUUGUUAAACAAAUUUUUAUCAUAUUUUUUUUACUGAUCUGUUAGUUGUAAUUGAAGACAAAAUUUUAAGUAAAACAUAGUUUAAAAGUAGUAUAUGGAUGUAAGUAUGUAACUUAAUGAAACAUAAAUAAUACUCAAGGGGAGAAAAACUAUUAUACAAAUAUUAAUCUUAGACUAACCCAAAAUAUUAUAUAUUUUAACUUUCUUUAGGUUUUAAGAUGAAAGUUUUAGAAAACUGUCUUAAAUUAUAAUAGAUUUCUUAGUAAUAAAUAAUUUUGGCACAGUAUGAAGAAAAUAUAUUAAGCGUUCUUUGUUCUAAAUCAUCUUUUUAAAUAACUAGCCAAAUAAAUUAAACUAUUUUUUUACAGAAAUAAAAAAAAGAGAGCCAUCUACUAAUGUUGAUGCUCCUUCCAAAUACGCAUCAGAUAAUGAAGUAUCGGUACAGGGACAGAUGAAUAAAAGAACACAUAAUGGAAAGAAAACAUCUUGUUCACCAAAUCUUGAGCCAAAACAAAAGAUUUCAAAAAUAGCUCCACAAUUAUCUCAUUCAUCCAAAUCUACCAAUUCAGAGGAAGCAAAAAGAGGCACCAAUACAAAAGCUGGUACAUUAUCUUCUACACCAAGAAAUCAAGUAAGAAGAAAAUUAUAGUAAAAUUGCUCUUGAAAAAGUCGCUGUUAUAAUAUUUUAAAUUAUGAAUCCUAUUUUCCUACUAAAAUCUAUAAUGGGACAGUGCAGCAAAAAAUGCAGCCUUGACUGCCAUUCCAGGAAUGGCCUUGUAAGCCAUGCAAAGAGCUGCAUAAUAAAACAGAAGCUAAAGCACCAUCUCAAUAAGAAAGAAGAAGCCAACAAUUCCAAAUAUUUAUCAAUAGCUGAUGCAUAUUUUGUGGGGCAUUUUUUUUUUUAAAUUAAAGAGACAUGAUCAUAAAUAGGAAAAAUUAAUUAUUCAGUAGCUCACCAAGUAUCUUGGGAAGACAACUUUCAGUCUGGAUAAUAAAAGCUUUAUAUAUGUAAUGACAAUGCUAAGUUAUUAUUAUGAAUUCAUUAGUGUUGAUUAACGAAAAAUUUGAAUUCAAAAUCUUCUGAUAUUGAUAGACAGUACCAUUUAUUAUUAAUAGGAGUCUGUAAUCCAUCAUUGUGAUCCAAUUUAAAAACUAUCAAAUACCAUACUUCAAUUACAGUGGCAUUAAAUGUUCUUUUAAAAUAAUACAAGUUUUAUGAAGUUACUGUUACUAACAGUAUUAGACAAGCUCAAAAUCGUUAAAUACAUUUCCCACAGAUUAGAAAUCUACUGUUAUCACAUGAUGCCAUCAAGGAUAUUGGUGAGAAAUUUAUUUUAUGAAUAAUCUAUAGAGAUUUCAUUACAUGCCUGUAUUUUUUUUUACUAAAUGAAGAGAAAUCUGUAAUUUUAUAUAUUCAAUUGUUCAUGAGAAAUAAUACCAAAUUGAUCAUUCUAUAUGUUUUUUUAGGGAUAAGGGUAGCACUGAAGCAUUCAUUUUUUUUUUAAAUAGACAAAAGUACAUUUUCAUUAUUAUUAGUAUUAUUAUUAUUAUAUUAGUAGUAUUAUGGCUAACACAUAAGGAACUCUAACACGUUUAUUCAGCUGCAUGUCUACCGUUUUAAUGACUUGUUACAAGCAAGAUCACAUGGCCUCUCAACUCACAAAUCAGUGGCCUCACAUAUUCUUAACAAAGGGACGCAACUGUAACAAUACAACGACAUCACAUCCCCCUCUGUCUGGAAAGAGGUGGCACAUCAAACAUUGACAACAAUACAUAGUUUAUUAAUUAAGAUAUCAUGAGUUGGUUAUAAUAAAAAUCCACUAAUUAUAAAUAAAAUCUUUCAUUCUUUUUUGUAAGUCUGUAUUUCCCAUCCUGAUCGGUUCUUCGUUGGUUGUGGCAUGGUUGCUGACUCGACUCAAGAUCGAGUUCUGUUUUAUCUGGUAACUCGGGAUGCCUGAUGUCAUGAUAUUGGAAGUCAGAAUUUAUAUUGGGUUUAUUAGAGUGUUUGUAUUGAUAAGGUAGAGGGGCCUACAAGUGGUUUCUGGAACUCUAAUGGAUGCAGCAGCAGUCUGCUCAUCUAUUGGUACAACUCUUCUUAGAUGACAUUGAUUGCGAUGAUAAACACCACUUUCUGAUGCACCUUCAUACGAUUGUUCAUGAAUUAGUUUAUUGACAUCUCUUUUUUCCCAUCUCCUAUUGCCUUGUGGUGAUGGUUUAAGCCUCACCGCCUCAACCUCCUCAAAGGGUGGUAAGUCCUUGGCGUGUGUAUUGUAGUAGGUUGCGAUCUUGUCUGCUUUUCUCUAUGUAUUGAUCUGUGUUUCUCGGCUUCUGUCAUAUAUGGCUUAAACAGGCUUUGGGCUAUUGUUAGCAGUGUUCUAAUUCUUCUAUUGAAGAAUGACUGCGCUGGAAUAGUACCCAUUUGAUUAGGAAUGCCAUAUCUUGCAAACUGGGCCUUUAUUUUUCUGAUCACCCUUUCUGUCCUUGUAUGUUCAAAUUCACCUUUAUUGCUCACAGAUGACUGUAUGUGUGCAAGGUAUAUUUCCUUUCCCUUUUUGUACUUCACAUUUAUAUCAUAAUCUUGAAUUCUCAGCAUCAUUUCUUGUAGUCUACGAAGAACAACUGAAAGAGGUUUUGCCAUUAUUGCCCCCAAAGGCUUAUGAUCACUCUCAAUCGUAGUGAGCGAACACAUGGCUAGCAUUUCCUUUUAAAUCUAUCCAUAUUUGGUUUCGGUAUAUGUCAGAGACAGACUAGCGUGGGCUAUAGCCUUACCAUUUUGCAUUAGUACAGACCCAAGCACCUUUUGGCUAGAAUCACAUUGUAUGGUCACCUUUUUCCUGGGAUUAUAGAAUGCCAACACAGGAGCUUUUGUCACCAUCGACUUCAACUCACAGCAGGCAGCGUCAUGCUUUUAAGACCAUGACCACUGGAUAUAUGCACUUAGUAGUUGCAAAUAGGUUCAAGGGUUUCAGAUUGUCUGGGAAGAAAUUUUUAGAAGAGAUAAUUCACAAAGCCACAGAAACGUCUUACUUCCUCAAAAUUUCUUGGUUUCUUCAUUUACUGGAUAGCUCUUACUUUUUCUGGAUCUAUUUUCAAACUUCACAUGUGAUUCGAUGACCAAGUAUGAAAUUUCCUUCAUUUCAAUUUCAGCUUUAUCCUUGUGAAACUUUAUUCAAACAGAAACAGAAGGACAUCUCUAAUAAACUUUAGACAUGCAGCUGAAUAGACGUGUAAGUGUUCCUUGUGUGUUAGCCAUAAUACUACUAAAUAUAACAACCGGUAUUUAAUAUUAUAAAACUAUUAAAAUGUACCUGUUUUUUUUUUAAAGAGUGCAAAAUUUUCCCUUUUCACUGGGGUCGACUCUGUUUUGUAUAUUAAUGGGUUUUUUAAUUUAAAUUAGAAUCUAUUCCUGAUGUCAAAACCCUUCCAAAAGUAACAGAUGAAUUGGAGUUUAUUGACCUCGACGAUAAUGAUGUCAAAGUAUGUAUCCAUUGAAGAGUCUUCAAAUUAAUUUAGCAGAAUCUGUUUCAUCAAUACUGAAGAAAAAUUCCUCAUUUAUUUUCAUUAAUUUUUUGAUGGUCAAUUUAUUUUAAACUAUUUAAACUAGUAUCAAAACUAGGACUUAAAAAGCGAGUCAACCUAUCUUUAUCAUGCUUUUUCCAAUCACAAGCAAAGCAUUGAAUGCUGCUAAAUUAACUGUCAUAUGGUACUGAUGAAUCUUGAAACAUAUUUUCCACAAUAUCCACAUCCUUCUCAAAUGCCAGUAAAUUAAUAAAAAAAUUCUUUGUGCCAGAAUAGCAGGCAGUUGUUUGAUGUUUGUGGUCACCUUAGGGGGAGUAACAAAGGAACUGCGCUUCCUUCGGUGUUUCCCCUGCCCAAGCAACCAGAUAUUUUCUGUAAUUUCUUUACAAGCAAAGUAGCUGACAUUCGAGCUGAGCUUGAUCGUCUUGAUGCCCCUCCCCUUGAAUUGCCUCCUUUCCCUUGUCUUACUUCCCAUUUUAAUAUUUUUAAACCUGUUUCAGAACUUGAGGUAAAAAAUAUAAUCCUAAAAUCUAAACAUACGUCAUGUUAUUUGGAUCCCAUCCCAACCCCCCUGUUGGUUGAGUCAUUAGAUAUCUUGCUCCCAACAAUAACCCGCAUAAUAAAUGAAAGCUUAUAUUCUGGCACUGUUCCGCCUCUUUGCAAAUCAGCUGUCAUCAAACCAUUGCUUAAGAAGCCCGGUCUGGAUGAAAAUAAUUUAAAAAACUAUAGACCUGUAUCUAACUUAUCAUUUUUAUCUAAAGUUAUUGAAAAACUAGUCCUAAAACAACUUUUUGCUUACUUAAAUGAUCACUCUCUUCUCAGUUCUAAUCAGUCGGCCUAUAGACAUUUCCAUAGCACGGAGACAGCUCUCUUGAGAGUCAGUAAUGACCUCUUGCGCGCAAUGGACAGCGGUAAUGUCUCCAUUUUGAUCCUCUUAGACCUCAGUGCGGCCUUUGACACUGUUGACCAUGAAAUCCUUUUCAAAACCCUUGAAAACUACUUUGGAAUUUCUGGUUCGGUUUUGGCUUGGUUUAGGUCCUACCUCUCUGAUAGAACGCAAAUGGUCUCUGUCGAUGGCUGUCUCUCCGGCAGUGCUGAUUUGGUGUACGGAGUGCCACAGGGGUCCGUUUUGGGUCCGGUUCUAUUCAUAAUGUAUACCAGACCACUACUCCUCUUGCUCGGGAGGCAUGCUGUUGAGAACCAGUCAUUUGCAGAUGAUACACAGCUAUACAUGCAUACCCAUCCAUCUCUUGUCGAUUCCGCUGUCCAGACUUUGCGGGGGUGCAUUGAUGAUGUCAAGUCUUGGAUGACACUCAGCAAGUUGAAGCUUAAUGAUGACAAAACAGAAGCACUCCUCAUUUACAAUCACAAAUCAUCCUCUACCUCAACUCUUCCCACCUCAUUUCAAGUAGGUAACUCCGACAUACAGUUUACACCCUCUGCUAGGAAUCUUGGUUAUAUUCUUUCUAACAACAUGUCUCUCGAUAAACAUAUCUCUCACAUUUGUCGUUCGGCAUACACCGCCAUCCGUCAGAUCAGCUCCAUCCGCCACUACCUGACAGUUAGCGCAACAAAAACUCUAGUCUGUGCUCUUGUUCUCUCUCGUCUUGACUAUUGCAACUCACUUCUGUCAGGUUCACCGAAACAUUUUAUAGAAAAACUGCAGAAAGUUCAAAACUCUGCUGCUAGGCUUGUUCUUAAGGCAAAAAAACGCGAUCACGUCACUCCACUACUCCACUCACUACAUUGGCUCCCUAUACAGGCACGCAUUGACUACAAGCUGUCUCUUCUCUGUCACAACUUUUUCUCGGAUUCCUGCCCUUCCUAUCUAACUGAACUUCUUUCUGUCUAUUCACCCCUUCGACAACUUCGCUCCUCCGCAGACUCGCGUAUUCUGUCCGUUCCCAAGACACGCACUAAAUUAUAUGGUGAACGAUCUUUCUCUUUCUGCGCCCCCAAACAAUGGAAUUCUUUGCCACUACACAUCCGCAAUAUAACAACCACACAGGCCUUCAAAACUGCACUCAAAACACAUCUAUUUAAACUAUACUACUCUGACUGAUUCUCCUCCUAUAAACCGAUAAACGUACAUGGGUUUCCUUGUGAAAAUGUCUGGUGUGGGUGGAUGAAUAUACCUAUGGUGUUGUUUUGCUUAUAUGUUGUUUUUAUUUCAUUUAUGUAUUUUAUUUUAAUAUUAUGAUUAUGCCUCUUUGCUAUAUAUGUACAGCGCGGUGAGCCCAGCCCUAGGCCGGGGUACCGCGCUAUAUAAGACCACUUGUUAUUAUUAUUAUUAUUAUUAAUAGAAAUAGAACAAAAUAACCAUUUAACACAUCACAGAAUAUUAAAGAACAGUUGAGUUAAAAGACACUUAAAAUGCUAUUUGGUUAUCAUCAUGACCACUCAGUCACAAAUUACAUAAUUUACUAAGCAUUCAUUUGAAAUGAAAACUAGAAUUUUCUUUGGAAGCUUAAAUAAAUAAGAACUUAUUUAUAACUCGGUAUCUAACCACUGAUUAAAAAUUUUCAUCAAUUUUUCUAUUUUCAAUUAAUAGAUGAUUUUGAAAAGUUCCUGAGGGUCCAAGAUGAAUGAGAAACCUAUGGGUUGCAAGUAACCUGUCAUUCUUGGCAUCCUGUUGCAUUGGGAUAUACUCACAAUAACAUAUUAGAGACCGUAAAUGAAAAGAAGACAUUUUUAGGCCUAUUGAUGAGGAGGAUGAAAUAGAAUUAAGAAAAUAAUAAUAAAUGUGGUGUGUAUUUAUUUUUAAUGUUAAACUUAAACGUGUGUGUUUGGUUUUGAGUUUGGAGGUGAUAGAUUUGUAGCAGUGUUUCUAUUUUGGAUUUGUAUUGUUAUUUCCACCAUUUAAAAUUUAUAUAACAUUCCGAAAUUUCAUUUAUAGUCUGUAUCGAUCUCCUUUAUUUCAAACAUGCUGAGUGAGCCAAUAAAGUUGCCCCAUAAAAGAUUAAAAUUUGGAGAAAAAUAUUCAACUUGAACAACAAAGAGUUGAACAAACAAAUAAAUCAAUUUCGUUGCUUGAUUUAAAUAGUUUUAAAAUAGUUUGCAAAGUGUUUUUUAUUUAUAAAUUAAAAAGCUUUACAAGAAGAUACUUUCAUGUUAUUUUUUAAGUGCAAUUAACCAUCCUAAAUUAACUCUUUCAUAGUGGCAUAGGCUUAUGAACAUGGCUAGCAAUUUUCAGCUCUCAUAAAUGGAUUUUAGUACAUUUGACUUUAAAAUCCUAAAUACAUAUAGAGUUCCAAUAAUAAAGUAAUGAAGUAUUUAAUUAUGACGUAAUGAUGAAGUAUAUUAAUUUAUGAAAAAUUUAAGCUAGGUGUAGAUAAUGAAAGCCAUGCAGUAGUUGAAAUACAUUUUUAAAAUUACAUUUAUUAUCAUCAAUAAUGUUUUAGUUAAUAAAUCAUGUACACAAUUUACCAUUAAAAGUAUGAUGCAUUAUAAACAGUAUUGGGAAAGCUUGAUAACAAAUUUUUUUUUGCCUUAAACAUUUAAAUGUUUAUUUACUAUAAAAUAUUAAAUAAAUUUAUUUUCACUGCACAAAAUUAUUAUGCUUCAUACACAUAUGCUUGCACAACCAUAAUUAAUUGUCAUAAUAUGUCUUUUUAAGCUUGUAGUGGUAGCAUUCUCAAAUGACAGUAAAUUUAUUCAUGCAAGAAUAACAGCUCAAACAAAAUAACCAAUUACCUCAUCCCUGAUAUCAAACAACAGUGGUGUCAUUAAAAAUAGUUCAUGAGGCAAUAAAAGUUUUGAUCAAUUCAUUCACUUGGUUAGGCUCAUCCAUUUGCACCCAGUGGCUGGCAUUUUCCAAAUAUCUGAUUGUUAGGUUUUCUGCAUAUGCCUGGCAUGCCUCAGCUUGGCCCCUCUCGAUUGCAAGAUCACGACAGCCCCAGAUAAGAAGCACAGGUUUAGUUACAAUUUUGUGAAAUCUUGAUGGCACUCCAAAUAGCACAAUUGCUCGUAUGUAAUUUAUAGGACCAGUCAAGGAGCCUAAAAUAUAUUGUAACAUUUUUAAUCAGAAAAGAAAAUAAGAAGUGGAUAAUUCUAAAAUGCUAAUACAAACAUAAAUUUAUAAUUUUAUUGAAUACCGUAUUUGAUUUUCUUCCUCAAUACCACGAAUGUCAUUGUUACUUUUACUUAAAAGCUAUCAAGUGUUGUUCAGAGUUAUAUAUUAUGAAUUUUAAUUUUGUUCCCAUUUGCUCAAAGUUUUCUAGUACUUUGCUUUAAAUGCCCACAAAAAUUGUAUCCAUUGUCCAAAUGAUUGUAUAAUCCAAAUUAGUUGUAUAAUAAUAAUGUUUGUGCUGAGAACACUUUUUCAUUGUACCGAUUUAUUUAACAGCUGAUAAUAGACUGUGUUAACAGUACUUUAAGACUAUCCCAAAGACUUGAUAAAUUAUCAUUAAAAUAU